CGGACUUUAGCCCUCCUUCUAGUACAACGUGUGGAUUCCCUCUAUAGUAAACGGAGAAAAACACGCACACGGUAACUAUAGAUUCAUUCAACGUUAAGAUGGAGAACGGGGACGCAAAUUUCAACAUUUUGCUAGCCACCGAUUCUUACAAGGUGACGCAUUAUAAACAGUAUCCUCCCAACACCAGUAAAGUGUACUCCUACUUUGAAUGUCGUGAGAGAAAGAUGGAUCCUUCUAGAACUCACAAAGUUAAAUAUGAUAAAACUGUUUUCUACGGUUUGCAAUACAUUCUUCACAAAUACUUAAAAGGGAAAGUUGUAACUAAUGAGAAGAUUCAGGAGGCCAAAAAUGUGUACCAAGAACACUUUCAAGAGGACGUGUUUAACGAGAAGGGCUGGAACUACAUUCUUGAGAAGUACAAUGGCCAUCUGCCAAUUGAGAUCAAGGCUGUUCCUGAGGGAAGUGUGAUUCCACGUGGAAAUGUUCUAUUUACAGUGGAAAGCACAGAUCCUGAAUGCUACUGGCUUACUAACUGGGUAGAGACAAUCCUGGUACAGAUAUGGUACCCCAUCACAGUUGCAACUAACUCACGUGAGCAAAAGAAAAUCCUGGCCAAAUAUCUAAUGGAAACAUCAGGAUCCCUGGCAGGACUGGAGUAUAAAUUACAUGACUUUGGUUACAGGGGAGUUUCAUCUCAAGAGACUGCAGGUAUUGGAGCCUCUGCACACUUGGUAAACUUCAAAGGAACAGAUACUGUGGCUGGUAUUGGAGUAGUCAAAAAAUACUAUGGCACCAAAGACCCAGUGCCUGGAUUUUCUGUACCAGCUGCUGAACAUAGCACAAUUACUGCAUGGGGUAAAGACCAUGAGAAAGAUGCCUUUGAGCACAUUGUUAAGCAGUUUCCCUCAGUGCCGGUGUCCAUCGUCAGUGACAGCUAUGACAUCUACAAUGCUUGUGAGAAGAUUUGGGGUGAGGACCUGAGGGAGCUUGUGGAGAAACGUAGUGCCGAUGCUCCAUUGGUCGUGCGGCCAGACUCUGGGAACCCUUUAGACACUGUACUGAAGGUCUUGGAGAUUUUAGGAAGAAAGUUUCCACUUGUAGAAAACUUAAAGGGCUACAAAGUUCUUCCGCCCUAUAUUCGUGUUAUUCAGGGUGAUGGCGUGGAUAUCAACACUUUGCAGGAGAUAGUGGAGGGAAUGAAGGAGCAUCAGUGGAGCAUUGAAAACAUAGCAUUUGGAUCUGGUGGUGCACUUCUGCAGAAACUUACUCGAGAUCUUCUUAACUGCUCCUUCAAGUGCAGCUAUGUGGUGACAAAUGGGUUAGGGGUAAAUGUUUUUAAAGACCCAGUAGCAGACCCAAACAAAAGAUCAAAGAAGGGUCGUCUGUCUUUGCACACGACACAAAGUGGAGACUAUGUGACCCUGGAGGAGGGAAAGGGAGAACUGGAGGAGUAUGGAGAGGACCUGCUUCAUACCGUCUUCUAUAAUGGAAAAAUAGUAAAAACAUACACAUUUGACGAGGUCAGAGACAAUGCCAGGCUCAAGGAGCAUGAAGAGAAGAAGCUGCUUUACUAAGAGGCCCAAGCAUAUUUUAUUCAUCGAGAAAACACAUAUUUAUUAUGACUUUUCUUACUUUUUAAAACCCUAUAUUACAAAGGGUUGUAGGUCUUUUAGAAAUCACAGCAAUGUGAAGGAUGUAACUAAGUUACAAGUGUGAAAAUAAUAAAAUAAGGGUAUAAAGAACUGUUAACCCUGUAUUCUAUGUACCUAG